ACUUAUAUUAUCUUAAUGUUACAGUGAAAUACAUUGAAGAUGGCAGGAGCAGAGUACAAUUACAACAAUAUUCCUGCAAAAGUAUUAAAUGUUUCCAGCAGAAAUUUGUUAUACAAGUUACUUAAUCCUCCAAUGGAGAUACCCACAGAAAGAUUCCUGUGCAAAGACUAUCGUGGACUGGCAGAACUUAUGGAGUUUGAUUAUAUGACAAUUAGAAGUUUUGAAGCUACUGGAAAUCCAACCAAAAAACUUAUUGAAGAAUGGGAAUUGCUACCAAAUAGUACUAUAGGAAAUUUAUUAGAAAUGCUUAAACAGAUUGAAAGAUACGAUGUAAUUGAUGAUAUUGAACCACUGAUUGAACGUGAUGUGAAAUCUUUUGUGAUGAGGAGACAAAGAUCACAUGAAGCACCAGUCCAAGUAGCUGAAGUAUCUUCAGGUUCAAGAUAUAUAUCAGAGUAUGAAGAUGAGGAUGUUUUAACAAGAGAUGAUGUUUAUAUUCGCCAAAGCACCAAUGGAGCUGAAGUGGCAUAUUUUGAUGCUUAUGUCUGUUUUGCUGAAGAAGAUUCAGAUUUUGUUUAUAAACUAGCUGAGUACUUAGAAAGUCCUGAAAUUGGAAUAAAAUUGUGUAUCAAAGAACGUAAUCUUUUGGCUGGUGUUGAUAUAUAUGAAGCACUUGUACGGAUAAUUGAAGAAAGAUGCAGUAGAAUGUUGAUUAUCCUUUCUCCUGAAUUUUUAAACAGUGCAGAAUGUAAAUUUCAAACAAGAUAUGCAACUGGAUUAGCAGUUGCUCAACGUCAACGUAAAUUGAUACCAUUGAUGUACAAGCCUUGUCCUAUGCCUACAUUAUUGAAAUAUGUUUCCAAAGUUGAUUUUACUAAGCCUGAUGUUUAUGAUUGGAUUUGGAAGAAACUAUUGAUUUCAAUCAAAGGAACACUUAAUGACAACGUUGCAUUACCAUCUCCUACUUUCUGCCACCCUUUAUAUUUGGCUUCUCAGACAUGCUAUCCAAAUUUCACUCAUCAGAGUCUUCCAAUGUUGACUCUACCUAAUCGAAGUAGAUCGAGAAGUAUAAGUCCACAACCAAGCACUAUGACUUCAUCCUCUCUGGCAGCAUCCACAUCAUCUCUUUCAGUUUCUUCAGCAACUAAUACUGUUUCUAAAAGUGUUUCUCCAGUUCACAGGCGUAGAUGGUUAACAAAAUUUUCUGAAAUAUUUAGUUCGUCAUCAUCUCAUAGUAAUUCUGGAAACACUUCCAGUGGCUUUCAUAGUCAGAGUGAUUCUCAUCUAGUUUCUAAUGAUAUUGUAGAGCAAAUGGUUUAAAAUAAUGUAGAUCAAAUGACUUUUAAUUUCAUUAAUUGCCAAACUUUAUAUAUAAUGCUUAUUAAACAUUGAAUUAAUGUU